AUGCGAUCUUAUACGGAGAUUCUUCAAAAGUUUGUCAGGUUUAUCGGGCCGGGGAUUAUGGUCAGCGUGGCCUACAUGGAUCCGGGGAAUUACGCCACUAGUGUUUCCGGUGGUGCCCAAUACAAAUAUACCUUACUGUUUUCCAUUUUCAUUUCAAACAUUUUUGCUGUGCUUUUGCAAUGUCUUUGUGUGAAGCUGGGUACUGUGACAGGUUAUGAUUUGGCUGAAAACUGUCGCCAUAAUCUACCUAAAAAGCUAAACUAUACCCUUUACUUUUUCGCUGAAGUGGCAAUCAUUGCUACUGAUUUGGCUGAGGUCGUCGGUACUGCCAUCGCCUUGCAAAUUCUUUUCAAAAUACCACUGACUUGGGGUGUUUUAUUGACAGUGUUAGAUGUCCUAGUAAUCUUGAUGUUCUACACACCAAAUGGCCAGUCUCUAAAAAAAGUUAGGGUGUUUGAAUUAGGCGUUGGUCUUCUAGUCAUCGGUACUUGUGUCUGCUUUGUUUUAGAAUUGUUUAAGAUUUCUAUUCCUGAUAAAGCUGAAUUGUUCAAAGGGUUUUUACCUUCGACUAUCAUCUUCAAAGAACAACAAGCUCUUUACAUCUCUUUGGGUAUCUUGGGUGCCACUGUCAUGCCCCAUUCCCUGUAUCUGGGCUCCUCUAUUGUUAAGCCAAGAUUGAAUGAUUAUGAUAUGAAAAAAUACGGUAAGAUUAAUGCUCGCCCAAGUUUAAGUGCUAUAAAAUAUUCGUUAAACUAUGCCUACGCUGAAUUGAUCAUUUCCUUAUUUCUGAUUGCUACCUUUGUUAACUCUGCUAUAUUGAUUGUCGCAGGUGCCACUCUAUCGGGCCAACCUGAAGCCGAAGAUGCUGAUCUGUUAUCUAUUUACAAAUUGCUGGUCCAUUAUAUAUCCCCUGCUGCAGGUUUAAUCUUUGCAUUGGCCAUGUUAUGUUCGGGGCAAUCUGCAGGUAUCAUUUGUACACUCGCCGGACAAAUCGUUUCCGAGGGGUUCCUACAAUGGUCCCUACCACCUUGGGCGACAAGGCUAUGCACCAGAUUGAUUGCCAUUGUACCAUGCCUAUUUGUUACUUUAAGCAUGGGUGAAAAGGGAAUCUCAGAUAUGUUGAAUCUUUCUCAAGUGGUAUUAUCCCUAAUUUUACCAAUUGUCUCCGCUCCUUUGAUUUAUUUUACCGCAAAUAGAAAAUUGAUGGUUGUUCACGACGAAAAUGGAGUGGUAAGAGCUCCUGCCGAUGUUAACGUCAUUGCAGAUGAAACUACUCCAUUAAAUGCCAAGCACAGUAAAAUUGUUGACUUCACAAACAGUCGUUUAUUAACCUAUUCCUCCAUUUUUGUAUGGGCCUUAAUAGGUAGUUUAAACUGUUACCUGGUCAUUUCCUUCUGCUUAGGUGCCGACAUCCAUUUCUAG